CGGAAAGACCAAAAUGGACUGGAUGGGUAACCAACCUGCAUUAUAAAAUUGACCGCGGGGAGAAGAGAACAUGGUUUCCGGAGAUCAGGGGAAGGCGAAGAAGGAAGAAGAAACUACCCCUUCUCCUCUCUCUGGUAAUGGAACCCGAACCCGGAUCCGGAUCCAUGGAAACCCCCGUCCCCAUCAACCCCCACACCGCCGCCGCUUCAUCCCCACCGCUUAUUGAAGAAGAAGAAGAUGAUGAUGAUGAUCACCAUCCCGAUUCCUCCCCCGUCGGAUCCCCUGAUCUUCCCCGCCCAUCCUACGAUCAAGUUCAACCCUCUCCAGACGCUGCUGCAUCCAGCGAUGAUCUUCGCCUCAACAUUAUCAAGCAGGUGGAGUAUUACUUCAGUGAUGAAAAUUUGCCAACUGAUAAGUUUCUUCUGAAAUAUGUGACCAGCAACGAGGAAGGAUUUGUUCCUCUCAAAGUUAUUGCUUCCUUUAAAAAGCUGAAGAAACUGACCAAAGAGAUUCCACUUAUUGCGACUGCACUCAAGGAAUCUUCUCUUUUGGUUGUCAGUUCUGAUGAGAAAGAGGUAAGGAGACUAAAUCCUCUCCCAUACAUUGGAGUUAGGGAUCCCCAGCUAUGCUCCGUAUUGGUAGAGAAUUUACCAUCAGAUCAUUCAGUGAAGGCUCUUAGGCAACUAUUUAGCCCAGCUGGACACAUCAAGCACAUCAGCAUUCGCGAACCUCAUAUUGAAAGAAAUCCUAGAAAGUGUACGAUUGCAGAGAAGCUGCUUAGCGGCAAGCUGCAUGCUGUUGUGGAAUAUGACACUGUGGAAGCUGCUGAAAAAGCUGUGGCCACUUUGAAUGAUGAAAAAGAUUGGAGAUUCGGUUUGAGGGUGAAACUUCUAAAGAAAGAGAUCAAGCGUGGACAGAAAAAGAAAGUCUGGAGGGAAUCAGACUCUGAUAGGCAUGCUUGUGGUCAAUCAUCUGAUCAGGCUGUGGAUGAGGAGAACUGCCAUCCCAGUGAGCACCAUGGUGAUUCACAUCAGGAAAAGGAUGGAGACCAUUUACCAAAGGAGACCACUGGGGAGCACGCACCACCGGAAAGAAAUGGGCAUUCGGGCCGGACCCGAGGACGUGGAAGGAGGCAGAAACAUGGAACAAAUGUACAAGCCCAUGGAAUGCAUCCAUCUGCUCUUGGUACUGAACCCUCAAAACCACCGCCUGGUCCCAGAAUGCCCGACGGGACUAGAGGAUUCGCUAUGGGGAGAGGGCGGCCUCUGCCUUCAAAUCCGGUGUGACGUGGUCCUCUUCCAUGGGCUUUGAUUAUGGUUCGGGUGGGGGUGGGGUUGGGGGGGGGGGGGUUAUCCCUUUGCUCUGUAAUGGAGUUUUUUUGGAAUUAAUCCUUCAUAGUUUGUGAUGGUGUACUUGUAUGUACUAUGGUCCUAUGAAUGUUUCCUCUAUGUUGAUGAGCCUUUACGAAUUUGUAGGGCAAUUCUGUUGUUGGCUCUAAGUUCACUUGGGAAAGAGGGAGUUUUUUUUAUUUCUAAAUGACAAAUAUUAUGUGGAGUACUUUAAAUACGGAGUAUAUAAAAUGUGCAUUAAAUUGUAAUGUUUUGU